AUGCUGCUGGCGCUGGCCUCGUCGCCCGACGAGCUCGAGGUCAUGAUGAUAUCCGUGACGUACGGCAACGUGCCGCUGGACAGCUGCCUACGCAACGUCGUCGGCCUCUUCCACGUCCUCGACCACGAGAUGGAGUGGCGCAGGGCCCAGAACAAGCCGCUGGGUUUCGAGGCCCUGCGGACCUACAAGCCCGUCGUCGCCGUGGGCCCCGAGCACCCCCUCGAGGACGAGCUUCUCAUGGCGGACGAUUUCCAUGGCGCUGACGGGUUGCACGGUGUCCAUGAAGCUCAUCCGCAUCUCUCACCCGCGAAUACCUGGAAGGCGCUUUUCAAAGAUGGGUUCCCGGGUCCUGAGGAAGAGCCAUCGUACUACAAAUAUUUCACCCCCUCCAAGACACCCGCCCACAAGGAGAUCCUGAGGAUCUUGAAGGAGGAACCAGAGGGCACAGUCACCAUCUGCGCCGUCGGCCCGCUAACUAACCUAGCCAUGGCUGCUUCUGAAGAUCCCGAGACCUUUUUGAGGGUCAAGGAGGUUGUUGUCAUGGGUGGAGCUGUUGAGUGCGAUGGCAACGUCACGCCGGUUGCCGAGUUCAACACGUACGCCGACGCCGUGGCCACCGCCCGAAUCUUUGCCUUAACCUCUCCCACUCCCGCUUCCACGGUGCCUCCAGUACCGAAGGACAAGAGCACUCUCCCGCCCUACCCGGAGAAACUGUCGAAACCACUGAACCUAAGUCUGUUCCCACUGGAUAUCACUACACCUCAUGAACUGGGCAUGGGCCUGUUCCUGAGCAAGAUCGAGCCACAGCUGGCUGCAAAAAGCCCGCUCGCCACGUGGGUAAACACUUUCAUGGGCGGUAUUUUCCGCCAGAUCGUCUCAAUGGUCGGUGAUGAGGUGGAACCGGGCCUGUCCCUCCACGACCCUGUAACCAUCUGGUACAUGCUCACCAAGUCCGACCCUGCGUGGAAAUUGGCCAAGAACGCGCCGGAGGAUAUUCGCAUCGAGACGUCUGGACAGUGGACGCAUGGAAUGCACGUAACAGACCGACGAGGCAGGGUACGGGCUGACGGUGUGAGCCUUGACGAGGUACCUGGAGAUGAUGCCGGCUGGUUGAGUGCAAAGAGAGGGAACAGGAUCAACAGGUGGGCCAGCAGUCCUGGAUUUGAAGCCUUUGCGCCCUUCAUGAUGGAACGGAUUUUUGAAUGA